AUGAAGAUCGAACAAGUCGAGAACGUCGCCGCAACCGACGGCGCAACCCUCUCCCCCUCCGUCUCCCUUCGUACGGACCAACCCAUCGACCCCAUCCUCGAAGCAAAGAUCCGCCGUAAACUCGACUUUCACAUCAUCCCCUGGAUCUUCGGCCUCUGGCUCCUCGCCUUCAUUGACCGCUCCAACAUUGGCAACGCCCGCAUCGAUGGCUUAACAACCCAACUCCACCUAACCGGAACCCAAUUUAACGUCGCCCUAGCAAUCUUCUACGUCUCCUACAUCAUCGUCGAAGUCCCCGCGAACCUCGUUCUCAAACGCGCUCGACCGAGGAUUUUCUUGCCGGGAAUCAUGAUUGGGUGGGGCGUUGUUGGAACGUUGAUGGGGAUUGUGAAGAGUUAUGAGGGACUAUUGGUCGCACGCUUUUUUCUGGGUAUGUUUGAGGGAGGGUUGUUGGGGGGUUUGAUUUUGUAUUUGAGUACGUUUUAUCGGAGGCAUGAGUUGUUGUAUCGGGUGGGUCUGUUUUAUACUGCUGCUCCGUUGUCUGGGGCUUUUGGUGGGUUGUUGGCGAGUGGGAUCGCACAGAUGCGCGGAAUCGGCGGCUUACUUGGAUGGAGUUGGAUUUUCAUCAUCGAAGGUAUCGUCACCGUUAUCUUCGGCGUCAUCACCAUCUUCUUCCUGCCCAACGAUCCCGGCAGUGCCUCAUUCCUCACGAGCGAAGAGAGGCACAUUGCGGUGGAGAGGUUGAUUCUGGAUGGAGGCGUGACGAGGGAGGAUGAAGCUGGGGCUGGGUUCAAGGGGAAGCAGGUUUGGAGGGCGGUGGCGAAUUGGAAUACGUGGUUGACGGCCACGAUCUUUUUCUGUUUGAUCACACCGAUCUAUUCGUUUUCCUUGUUUUUGCCGACGAUUCUGAAGACCUUCACCGCCUCGACCACCAAGACUCAACUGUUGUCAGUCCCGCCCUACAUCUGCGGCGCAAUCUCAGUCUUGACAACAGCUCACUUCUCCGACCGCUUCAAACGCCGCGGAUACUUCAUCAUGCUCACAACCCCUCUCGGUAUCACCGGCUACCUCCUCCUCCUCACAUCCUCCAACCCAACCACAAAAUACGUUGGAACCUUCCUCGCCUCCAUCGGAAUCUUCCCCGGUUCCCCCACUGUGAUGGCAUGGCUCUCUAACAACCUCGCACCGCAUUAUACCCGCGCAACGGGGACAGCGCUCCAGCUCGCUAUCGCGAAUAUGGCGGCGUUCGUGGCUACAUUUACGUACGUGACUAAGGAUGCGCCGGGGUAUAAGACGGGUCAUGCUAUCAAUUUGGGGUUCCUGUGUGUUGCGUGGUUGGUUACGGCGGGGACUGUGUGGUAUAAUCGGUGGGAGAAUAAGGUUAGGGAUGCGGGGGGGAGGAAUGAGAGGUGGGCGGAGGUCAGGGAUGGCGAGGAUUUGGGUUAUAGGCAUCCGGAGUUCAGGAUGACGAUUUAG